UUUGGCGGCUCGCCAAGUUUCGGGUGUCUCUUUCGAUCGCUCUUCGAAUUACGUAUCAUUCUUCUCGAUUUCUCAGUUUUUUAGGCGGAUAAUUUCUGAAUUUGUGGUAAUUUUAUCGAAUAAUCGCCGAAUUUGAAUGGAGAGCAGUGGUGUUGAUUAUGGAGCAGUCGCAGAGGCCGGAUGGUAUAUACUUGGGGAUAAUCAAGAAUCUCUUGGUCCCUAUGCGAUCUCUGAGUUGCAAGACCAUUUCUUGAGUGGUUACAUCUCUGAGAGCACCUUUCUUUGGGCCGACGGGAGGAGUGAUUGGCUGCCAUUAUCCUCAAUACCAGAAUUAAGUACAGUGAUCUCCGUCCAGAAAGCUAGCAGCUCUUCUAUCAGAGAUGCAACUGAUAAUGAUGAUGAUUUCACAAAGUGGGAGAAGGAGGUCAAGGAGGCCGAGGCUGCGGCUGCAGCUUUGAAAAAGGGGACUGUAAUAAGUGGCUUAGGCUCUGUUCAACAGGAAGAGAGUGUACUGGAGGAAGCAGACACCGGUCUUGAUAAUCGGCCAGCGACACCUCCAGAUGGCGAAGAAGAAUUCACUGAUGACGAUGGAACUACUUAUAAAUGGGAUCGUGGUCUUAGGGCGUGGGUUCCUCAAGAUAAUCUAAAUGGUAAAGGUCAAGAUUAUGGACUUGAAGAGAUGACUUAUUCAGUUGAGGAAGAGGUAUUUCCUACUCUGGCACCUACAGAGACGACUGCAGUUGAAGAGCCGAAAACUACUGUGGAGCAGGUGGAAACAAAAUCCGAGGGGAAGAGGAAGUUACCUGAUAAACCAACUGAAAAAAAGGAAGCAAACAAACCUCCUGAUACUUGGUUUGACCUAAAGAUUAAUACUCAUGUCUAUGUGUUGGGGUUGCCUGAUGAUGUUACUGCAGAGGAGGUGGUGGAGGUAUUUUCCAAGUGCGGCAUUAUAAAGGAGGAUCCUGAAACCAAGAAGCCUCGAGUGAAGAUAUAUGUCGAUAAGGAAACUGGUAGAGUAAAGGGCGAUGCACUUGUAACAUAUCUUAAGGAACCCUCUGUUGCUCUGGCUGUGCAACUUUUAGACGGGACACCACUCCGACCUGGUGGGAAGACCCUCAUGUCUGUAACCCAAGCGAAAUUUGAGCAAAAGGGAGACAAAUUUGUACCAAAGCAGCAGGAUAAGAAAAAGAAAAAGAAACUUAAAAGGGUUGAAGAUAAAAUUCUUGGAUGGGGUGGCCACGAUGAUGCAAAACUGUCAAUUCCGACGACCAUCAUUUUGCGCCAUAUGUUCACACCUGCUGAAUUGAGGGCAGAUGAGAGCCUUCUUCCAGAGUUGGAGGCAGAUGUGAGAGAGGAAUGUGCCAAGCUUGGGCCGCUUGACUCCAUUAAGAUUUGUGAAAACCAUCCACAAGGUGUGGUACUGGUGAAGUUUAAGGACCGUAAAGAUGGCUUGAAGUGCAUUGAAUUGAUGAAUGGAAGAUGGUUUGGUGGCCGGCAGAUCCAUGCAAGCGUGGAUGAUGGCUCUAUAAACCAUGCGCAAAUCCGGGACUAUGAUGCUGAUGCUGCAAGACUAGAGCAGUUCGGUGCUGAACUGGAAGCAGAGUGAGAUUGACCAAAGCUAAACCUAGAUAUUCUGUGUAACAUUCUGAUUGCAAGAAUACGGCAAAGUGAGCAUGGUUCUGCUGUUCUGCCGUUUUCAAUUCUGAUGCAAGGUUGGAUGACUGAUCAUCAUAUUUAUUUUCAAGCAAAUUUUGGCUGCCAAUAUGUAUUUUGGAAAUUCUGAUACUUGCUCUAAAGUGUACAUUAUGCCCCAAAUAUCCUUAUAACCUAGGCGUUGGUAUAUAGUUCUCUCUUGUACUAUUCAACAAUCAGUGUGAGCCAAACAGGUUUGUACCGUUUGCAUCAAGUCAAGCAAAAGUUAUUUGUAGUUAUGCAUCUUGCCAA